GACCAUGUUCAGAAAAUUGGUGACAGGUUCGCUGACCAGCCUGAUGUAUGGAGCAUCUAAAUAAACUUCUGUGCAUUUAAAUGUUAAGAAUUCUGUGUACCUUCUGGAUGACCAGAUUUAAGGAAUAAAUGUACCCUCUAUGUCCUCAACAAUGGAUUCCACAUUUGUCAAAUACCACAAAGGAAAAGAUGAAAGAGAAGAUGUACAAAAGAAAACUUUUACAAAAUGGAUAAAUUCACAACUACAGAGGGGUGGUCGUCCCCUUAUUUCUGAUUUAUUUAAUGAUCUUAAAGAUGGAAAUGCUUUAUUAUCGCUAUUAGAGGUUUUAAGUGCUUUAAGCAUUGGCCGGGAGAAAGGUCGAUUACGAGUCCAUCAUAUAAAUAAUGUCAAUCGUGUACUGUAUAUAAUGGAGCAUAAUUAUAAUAUAAAACUGGUAAAUAUAAGUAGUAGUGAUAUUGUUGAUGGUAAUCCUAAACUAAUAUUGGCUUUAGUAUGGCUAAUAAUACUUCAUUGGCAGGUGAAAGACAUCAUGAAAAAUGUCAUGAAAGAUUUGAAACAAACAAAUUUAGAAAAGACAUUACUUAGUUGGUGCAAACAGUCAACAGCUGGGUAUGAGCGAGUGAAUGUUGUCAAUUUUGGUUCUAGUUGGCAAGAUGGUUUAGCUUUUAAUGCGUUGAUACAUCACUACAGACCAGAUUUAUUUAACUUCAAAUCGUUAUUGAGUAAAAGUGCUGAAGAAUGUUUAGAACAUGCGUUUGAUAUUGCUGAGAGAUAUUUAUCAAUAUAUCGACUUUUAGAUCCUGAAGAUAUGAUAGGAUUGAGUCCAGAUAAGAAAUCAUUGAUGACAUAUUUAAUGUGUUUUUUCCAAGUUUUACCUCAUUCACAAGUUGCUAUUAAAGAAACUAAGAUAACCAAAGAAAAACAAAUUCAUGUAAAGAAAACCAUGUCAAAUAGUAGUCCUACUCCAGAAAGUCGUCACAGUACCAUCAGUACUACAUCGGUGGAUUUACUAUCUUAUCAAGAUGCCUUAGAGAACGUUUUAGCAUGGUUGCUAGAUUCAGAAGAAACAAUAGAAAAACUUGACCCAGUGGAAUCUUUGGUAACCAUCGAUAAUGUUAAACAAGAAUUUAAUAAACAUGAGGCAUUUAUGUUAGAUCUGACUGAUCAUCAGGACAGUAUUGGAAAUGUCCUAAGAGAAGGUGGUGACCUAAUUAACAAUGGCAAGAUGACCGCUGAAGAAGAAAAUGAAAUUCAUGAACAAAUGAAUCUACUAAACAAACGAUGGGAAGAUCUCCGUCUGCAAGCUCUCAAAAGACAAACAGGACUACAAAAAUUGUUAAUGAAGAAACAACAAGAACAGUUAGAUGGGUUGUCAACAUGGCUGACAUCGAUGGAACAUCAACUUAAACUACAACAAACAAUAGGUUCAGACUUGUCAUCCAUUAAAAUUCAAGUUAAAAAACAUAAGAAACUUCAAGAAGAAUUAGAAUCUCAACAGAAAGUAAUAGAAGGUUUACAUAAUAUGGUGGUUGUUAUAGAUGAUGAUAGUUCACAAGCUGUUUGUGAAACUAUGGAACGGCAACUUGAAAGAUUAGGAAAACGAUGGAGUAAUAUUUGUCGCUGGGCUGAAGAACAGUGGGUACUACUGAAAGAUAUUCUUUUAAAAUGGCAACAUUUUCAUGAUGAACAGACCAGCUUUUCUGAUUGGUUAGCUUCUAAAGAAGCAGUUUUGAAAGGAAUGAAGUCUGCUGAUUUGUCUAAUUCUAAUCAGGUUGUUCAACAAGUCAGACAUCUCAAGAUGAUUGAACAUGAUAUGGUAGAACAAGUUGCUAGAUUUGAUGAAUUAAAUAUACACGGUCAACAGAUUGUCGAAAGAGUUGAAAGUAAAACAGCCAUGGAAAAGAUUAGUCAACAAUUAGAGGAUUUACAGGCUCGAUGGGAAGAUUUAGUACAACAAAUGGAACUUCAAAGUAAAGAGAUUGCCAAUUCUGGAGUUGAAUUGUCGAAAGAUUUAGAUUCAGAAGAUUUUCUAGAAUUUGAUGUGUCCCGUAGUAAAACAUCUAAACUGCAGAAUGCACCUGUUGAAUUAAAGACAGUUACUGAGUUUCAAGUUAAAGAGAAGAAAUGGUAUGAUUGGUUUAAUAGAACAGAAGAUACAUUACAGUUAUUAUCAUCACCUGCCAAUACGGAUGCUGAUGAACAAUUUACUGAUGACGAAAAACUUGUCUUGCUACAGGAUUGUGAAAAGGAUAUAGAAGAUCACAAUACAGAAUAUCAGAAUAUAUUGUCACUGGCUGAUGCUGCUGUUAAUGAAUUAAAAAGAGCUGAGAAAUCAACUAAUAAUAUUGAAUCUUCUCGUAAAAAGAUCAAAGAAGAUCAGAAAAAUCUGAAGACAUUGCUGAAGAAGGCAAAGACCAUAAUUCACUUGAACAUUGAAACAAAUAAAUUCUACAUGGAAUUAAGUGCCUUACAAGAAUUAUUAUCCGGUUAUGACAAAUGGUUAAGUGCCUCUACGAUCAAUGCUGAUGAAGCCUCAGAAAUUCCAAAACAACUAGAACAAACCAAUGUUAAAUUAAAGGCAAUGAAAACACAUGAAAGUCGAAUAGAGAAAUCUGAUGCUGAUGUUAAAAGAAUAAUGAAUGACAGUGGGGGAAAAAAUUCAAAAGUACAGGAAGAUUUUGAUGAAUUUAUUAUAAAAUGGAGAGAUCUGUAUCGAAAAAUGGGUAUACGACAAAAGAAACUACAAGAAGCGAUGCAGAAAGUACCACCAAAGUCAUACCUUGAUGCCAUGCAAGCCCUGUUAAAAUGGAUCUGUGACAUGGAAAAUAUUCUUAAAUCGGAAAAAGUUAAGGUAACGGAUGUUGAAUCUAUGGAGAAACAGUUGAGUCAGUACAAGGAACUACAGAGUGACGUCAGUGAUCAUCAGACUAGUAUAAACUAUAUAAGACAAACUGGUACAGAACUGAUGCAAAACUCUCCUGAACAAGUGGUCACAAUAAAUAAAGAUUUAGAUAAUCUAAAUUCACACUGGGAAAAUAUAUCCUCUACAAUAACAGAACGACAUGGUCAAUUAGAAACAUAUCUUGCUCAAUUACGUCUAUAUAAGAAUCAGCAACAAGGGUUAACAUGUUGGAUGGAUGAAAUGGACAUAUUCCUUCAUGCUGAAGAUCCACAAAUCGGAGAUCUUCCAACAUUAGAAGCACAACUAACAGAGAGUAAUGGUGUUAUGGAAGACAUUGUAACUUUAAAGCAAAACAUUAAGAACAUCAAUUCUUUAUGUCAAUCACUAUCAGAAGCUACAGACAGUAGUUUUACUAAAGAUAUGAAGAAAGAAGUUGAAGGUAUUAAUAUUAAAUGGGAAGAAGUAACCAAGUUAGCCAAAGAACAAAAUGACCGCUUGAAAUCCUCCAUAGAAACCAGUAAGAAUAUGUACGACCGAAUGGAAACAUUAACAAAAUGGCUGGAAGAUCUUAAAGAAGAAUUAUCUAAUAAAGAUUAUGCUGUUCAAAAUGCUAAUGACUUGUUAGUAAAAACAAAGCGAUUUAAGAGUUUAAAGAAAGAAAUAUCAGAGAGAGAAGAGGAAGUAGUUAGAUUGAAUGAUGAGGCUAAAACUAGUUUAAAUAAAGCAACUCCAGGAUCUCUACAAGAACUAGCUAGAUCACAGAUGAAGUUAAAUACAAUAUGGAAAGAUGUACAUCAGAGAGUUGACAGAUAUUCAACUAUUUAUGAAACGGCUGAGAAUCAGUGGAGACAGUUUAAAGACCUUAUGGAACAAGAACAGGAUUAUAAUCAAACAUUAGAAAAAUUACUGUAUAAAAACUCACUGGCUAGUUCUGAUGCUGAAGAUAUUUCAGAAGAAUUAGAUGCUUUAGAAACAGUGAUGAGAAAUCAUGAUACAACAAAUAAAAAUAAGAUGAAAGAUCUAGCCAAUGAUUUAAUCACUAAUUCUAUCAUGGCUGAUACUGUUAAAAAUGAAUAUGGUGAAUAUAUUGAACGAUCUGAUUAUCUUGAAAAAGAGGCAACAGAAAAGAUGAAAAUAUUAGAAGAAAAUAUCAACAAAGCUCAAUCAAUAGAACGUCAGAUGUUAGAAAUGACACAAUGGAUGUCAGAAAUAUCCGAUCAUCUACAGGUUCGACUUGAUGCUGAUAUACUAGCUGGUGAUAAUCCUGCUGAAUUUGAGACUUUGAAGAAUGAAUUUAAACAGCAAGAAAUGUUUUUAAAACAGCUGGAAGAAAGUGCAAAGGAGUAUCGUCUCAAGGGUAAAGAGGAUGCCAGUGUCAGAUUAGAACAGCAAACACAACUCCUUAAAAAACAUUUCAUUGAGGUAUCAAAGAAAUUUUGCAAAUAUCAACGACCAACGGAUUUUGAUCCUAAAUUAAGUCAUGUAAAGAGAGAGAUGGAUAGCAUACAAGAUCGAUCUCAUAUGUUUGAAGUGCCUAGCUGUAACCCUGUGGACAUAGUGGAACGUCAUGAACAAUGCAUGAAAUUUUAUACGGCUAUGAGUGAAUUAAAGCCUGAAGUGGAGUAUGUUAUAAAAACUGGACGUCAUGUUGUAGAUAGAAAACAAGUGGAUUUUCCUGAUAAAUUGAAUGAACAGCUUGAUGCCAUAAAACAACAAUAUAAUGACUUGGGCAAACAGGUUACAGAAGGAAAGUCUAACCUAGAGAAAGGUCUAAAGGUAGCGAAGAAGUUUAAGAAGGAAUAUGACAUAGUUAAAGAUUUUAUAACAGUUACAACCAAUGAUUUAGAUCAUAAAGAAAAACAGAAAACCUUUCAAAUUGAUAAAGAACUGGAGAACAUCAGGGUGAUAGAAACAGAAAUGUUAAAAAGACAAGGCUUAUUAACAUCCAUUGGUGAUAGUUUACAGACAUUAAAACUAAUUGUUGUUGAUGAGGAGGAGAUUAAUUCAGCUGUUGAUUUAGUAACUAAGUUAAAUAUGGACUGGUCAGCUCUCUCUAUACAUGUAGCUCACUGGAAGGAACAAGUACAGGAAGAAGAAACAAAGUUAGAUGGUGUAUUUAUAGAAUUUCAAACACAGAUGAUGCAGGUUAAAGACUGGAUGAUAGUUUGUGAUAUAACCACAGCUGCUUACGAAAAAUUACCUCUUGAAGAACGGAUGUCACAACCACAAAUAGACAAAAUCAAAAAUCUACAAAGUGAAAUGAAUAAUUUAAAGAGUACCGUUGAUGAAGUACGAGAUAAUGCUAUUGUUUUAAUGAGUAAAAGUGAACAGUAUAACAAAAUGGUGGAACCUGAAUUAACACAUCUAAAUCAGAGAUGGGAGGCCAUCACUAAACAGUUGAAGACAUAUGAUUCUGAAGUACAAAGACAUCAAAGAGAAGCAGAGACUAUGAGAUCUAUUAGAGGAGAAGAACUACAGUUACAGACUCGACACAACCUUCUUCAAUUAACAGCUUCUCCUAGUAACACCGCACACAUAACAUCUUUAUUAUCAGAGCAGUACAGACAAAAAUUACUAGAAGAAAAGAAACAACUGGAAAAAAACAGGAAUACAAUGUCAAGUUUUAAAGGCAGCAUCAACUUUUCUAAAUUACCUGAAUAUGAUGAAAAACUAAAGGAUGUAAAGACAGAGAUACACAAGUCUGUAACUUCAAUACAAGAACUGGAGCGACAGAAAUUAAAUGUUUUAUCUCAAGCCAAUUCAGAUGAAGCUGCUAGGAUUCAAGAGUUACUUUCAUUGCUGAAAGAAGAGAAAUUUGAAGCUUUAAACUGCUAUGAGGAAACAAAUGAGAAAUGGUGUAGCACCAAAGAACUGUGGCAAGAAUUUCAGAACGACUUUCAAUUAUUUUGGAACUGGAUGUCAAAAGCAGAACAUUCUCUAUCAGAAGCAGACGAAAAGAGGCAUGAAGCUACCAGAUCCAAAGUAUAUGAUCAGCUACAGAGCAACAUUCAUGAACAACAAGAAAAUUUGAAGAAACUGAAUGAUAAUGGUAAUAGAAUAGUAAAUCAAUCGAUGGAACCUGGAAAAACACAGCUUAUUAAGAAACUUGAAGCCUUGAAUGAACGAUGGAAGAAUUUCUGCACUAAUGUUUUUAGGAAAAAGUUAGGAGUUGGUCAGAUUGCAAAUCAAUCUACAGAGUUUACAGACAAUAUGGAUGAAAUAUUUUUCCUGAUUGACGACACUGAAAAUGUGAUAAGCUCACCUCUUCGACCAGAAUCUCAGUACUUAGAAGAUCUUUUAGACAGAAUUAAGAUAAAAGAAGAAGAUAUUUCGACAAAAAAGAAAAUGGUAGAUACGAUAAAUGAAACUGGUAAUCAGAUGAUCAAUGAUGAAAGUCUUUCGACAUCAGAUAAAGAAAAUAUUGAAAAAGAUUUAAAUAAUCUAAAUUCUCGGUGGGAAAAGGUUUGUACUGAUUUACCAAAUUUCCAGACUUCUACCAAAAAAUACUUACAACGACUAAAGGAAUAUGAAAUUCAAAAUGAUGAUCUAAAGAAAUGGAUGAAAGAAAUUGAAGAAAGAUUAAAGAAUGAUGAUAAUAUGAACAUAUAUGGUAGACAGAAUAUGGAGGAUACACUAAAGGCAGGUCAAGUGAAUAUUGAUAAUGUGACCACUGCGUAUAAACAAUAUUGUACUGAAUGUAAAGAUCAGGAUAUUGAAAUACCCCCUCAGUUAAUUGAACAAUACGAAUCUCUUACAUCUGAUUGGGAGCAAGUUAAAUCCCAUCAAGCCAGGAUGUUGGCCAAAACAGAACCAAAGAUUGAAGCAAUUACUCAAGUAAAAAGUAAUGUUGUUGAAAGUGUUAAACACAGUAAAUCACAGCUAAUACAAUUCAAUGAUCAAUAUGCUGAGUUUGAGAGAUGGCUAUGUUCAACAGAAGACAAGUUAGCCAGCCAGCCAUUACUUCCACAACCAUUAUUACCACAAUCACCAGAUAAAAUAGAACAACUCCUUCAAGAACACAGAUUAACCAAAGAAGAUGUAAACAGGCAUCAAGCAGAAUUUGAUAAAUUAAAUAACCUUGCUACCAAACUACAAGAAGAAUAUGGUCCAGAAGAAAAACACCAUAUUACAAUACGCAAGGAAAGAUUAAAGAGUAGAUGGACUACGCUUUUAAAUAGGUUAAACAACAAGUGGAAGUCUUUAGAAAAUUCCAAAAAUUCAUCCAAAACAACGAUGGAGGAAUUUGAUAACUGGCUAAAAGGUGUAGAAAAAAGUUAUAAUAAUCUUGCCGGAGAAAUUUCUAAUCCAGAAAUUCUACAAAAUCAGGAAUUAUGCAAGGAAUAUUUAGAACAGUUUCGAGAUCUACAAUCUGAAGUUGACAGUCAUCAAAGUAUUUACGAAUCUCUUAAAAAUACGAGCAAUAAACAACCUAGUGAACUUGAUCAAAGAUGGAUGAAUUUAAUGCUAAACUCCAUGAAUAUAAGAAGUCGAUUAGAGAGCAAUGUAGAGCAGAAAAUACAUUUGUUACGAACUCAUGAAGAUCUGUUAAAUUGGAUUAAACAAAAACAAGAAGAUUUAUUUCUUCAGAAACCUGUAGGGGAAGAUUAUGCUAGUGUGCAGAAACAGCUUAUUGAAAACCAGAAAUUAAUGCAACAGAUUGAAUUAAAAAGACCAUUUUUGGAACAGAGUAUAAGAAAUGGUCAAAAUUUUAUGUCAAAGAAUAAAGAUGAACUGAGGCUUAGUAAUAACAGUAAUGAUAGUUACAUCAAUGAUGAUAUGGGCAAUUUAUCACUAGAAGUAGAUUCACAACAUCUAGGGCGCAAAAUAGGAAGUAAAGUUCGUCUGUUAAAUGAACAUUGGACAGAAUUAAACCGAGGAGUCAAUGAAUGGCAAUCAAAAUUAGAUGAUGUAGCGCAAAAGUUGACUGUAUUAGAGGAGAAUAUUGAAGACCUCAAUGCAAAUUUAGUAGAAGCAGAAGAAAACAAAGCAAAAUGGAAUCCCAUUGGUGAUAUUAUUAUUGAAAAUUUACAAGAAGAAAUAGAUAACAUAAAAGUAUUUCAACAGCAGGUUGAUCCUAUACAAGGGAAAAUAGAUAAUGUUAGUUAUUUAGCAAACAAAUUACAAGUAGAAGAUGUCAGUAUAUCUAAUGUUAAUGUAAGAAGAAUAGAAGAAUUUAAUACUAGAUGGAAAGCUAUACAGAUUUCUAUAGAAGAUCGUUAUAAACAACUACAAGAAGCUUUUCGAGAUUUUGGUCCCAACUCUCAACAUUUCUUAUCAGUAUCUGUUGAAAGUCCAUGGGAGAGAAGUGUGUCUGGUAAUAAAGUGCCUUACUAUGUACACCAUGCUACAGAAACUACACAGUGGGAUCAUCCUGCCAUGUCCACAUUAUUACAAGCUCUCAACGAUUUGAAUGAUGUACGGUUUGCUGCCUAUAGAACAGCCAUGAAAUUAAGAAUGUUACAGAAAAAGAUAUGUUUGGAUUUAGUGAAUAUGGCUGUUGCUAUUGACACGUUUGAACAGCAUAAUUUACGAGGACAGAAUGAUAGAUUAAUGGAUGUAGUUGAGAUAAUCAACUGUGUUACCAGUAUGUUUGAAGUUGUAGCCGAACAACAUCCUAACUUAGUUAAUGUACCACUCAGUGUCGAUCUCGUCUUAAAUUGGCUACUAAAUAUCUUUGAUUCGUCUAGAAGUGGUCAUAUAAGAGUGUUAUCUUUUAAAGUUGGUAUAAUUGUAUUAUGUAAUGGACAGUUGGAAGAUAAAUACAGAUAUUUAUUUCUACUGAUAGCAGAUACAAAUGGCUUUGCUGAUCAAAGAAAACUGGGUUUAUUAUUGCAUUAUAUGAUACAAAUACCCAAACAGUUAGGUGAAGUGGCAGCUUUUGGUGGCAGUAAUAUAGAACCAAGUGUUAGAAGUUGUUUUAAAAAUGCUGAUGAUCCUACAGAAAUACAAGCAAGCCAUUUCUUAAACUGGUUAAGAUUAGAACCUCAGUCUAUAGUAUGGUUACCAGUAUUACAUCGUGUAGCUGCAGCAGAAACAGCCAAACAUCAAGCCAAAUGUAAUAUUUGCAAAGAUUUUCCAGUUGUUGGAUUCAGAUAUAGAUGUUUAAAAUGUUUUAAUUAUGAUAUGUGUCAAAAUUGUUUCUUGUCUGGUAGAAAAAGCAAAUCACACAAACUUUCGCAUCCCAUGCAAGAAUAUUGUACAGCUACAACUUCUGGAGAAGAUAUGAGAGAUUUUUCAAAAGUUUUUCGAAACAAAUUUAAAAGCAGAAAACAUUUUAAAACACAUCAGCGUAUAGGAUAUCUACCGGUGCAAACAGUUAAUGAAGGCGAUGAAUUAGAAAGUCCAUGUCCUUCUCCCAUGCACAGUAUAUCACAGGACAUGCAUUCUAGACUUGAAAUAUACGCGAGCAGAUUAGCUGAAGUAGAACAAGGUCGAUCUAAUUCAAGUCCAGAUUUACUUGAAGAGCAUAAUCUAAUAGCACAGUACUGCCAAAGUUUAACAGGAGACUAUUCAUCUCAAGCGUUGAAGAGUCCAAUGCAAAUAAUGCUAGCUGUUGAUGUUGAUCAAAAGUUAGAGUUAGAGGAUAUGAUACGAGAUUUAGAGGAGGAAAAUAAGACGUUACAAGAAGAAUAUGCACGUUUACGUCAUGCAUCAAGUGAUAGUGCUUUCUCCACAUCCGAGAAUGAUUUAGUAGGUGGAGAUGAUGAAAUGUUGGCAGAAGCCCGGUUAUUACGACAACAUAAAGGUAGAUUAGAAUCACGGAUGGGUAUAUUGGAAGAUCAUAAUCGACAAUUAGCAGCACAGUUACAGCGCUUAAGACAACUUUUAAAUGAGCCAAAUGAAGACAGAAAUUCACCAUUAAUGUCCUCAUCAGUUCAUUCUUCAAAGAGCUUUUCUUCACCUCAGUUAGAAUCAACAUUACCGGUAAAUGGUCAUCAGUCAGGGAGCAGUAAUGUAGGUGAUUUAUUUCAUAUGGCUGGUCAAGUUGGUCGAGCUGUGGGGACCCUAGUAACCGUAAUGACAGAUGAAGACGGAAACAAAACCACACUAGAAAAAGAAACUGCAGCGUAAAAAAUGUUCUUUGUAUAAUUCACCCUUGACAUGCAGAUUUUAAGAGACAUUUUAGAGCUAAUUAUCGGUUUAAAAAGACCUAACUGAUUGACCAAGUUAGUGUUUAUUUUAAAGGAUUUAGCCAACCAUUGAAUUUGAAGUCAUGAAAUGUAUUUGUGAAAAAUUUAAAUAUCUAUUGGGAAUGACAAAAGAUGUUAAUUUUCUCAUUAAUGAUAACCGUGGGUGCUAUGUUUGUGAAUUUGACAGAAAUGAAUGAUUUUGCUUUGUUAAAUCUCACAGUAUUGUAUAUUUAUUUCUUUAAACCUUUAUGGAAUUUGUAUUUGUGAAUAAGAAUGUAUACAAUUAAUUACAUAGAUCCACAUAAAAUGUUUCAUAUCAUCAAAAAAGUGCUUAAUAACAGUGGGUGAUGUCGAGGAUAAAAUAGCGAGAAAUGUUUUAAUUUUGACCGAUGAAAGUUUUAAUAAUGAGACCCUUUGUUGUUAACUACAAAAAGACUUUGUUAUAUGAGCAGAAGAAUAAUGGAAUUUAUCAGGAAAAAUGGAAAUAAUGAGCUCUUUUAAGAUCAUUUAAGAGUAAGGCUAGAUACAGAUAGGCAGCAUGAUGUACUGAGGCAUCAAGGAAAUGAUUCUUGACGAUGUUUCUAAUACUGGUGCCAAUCAGUAAUGCAUUCCAUGUAUUCAAGGUGCCAUAGAUCAUUGCAUGGAGUCUUUAUUUGUCAACAUAAUCUGCAUAUACGUACACCUAAGGAGAAUCAACAGUUAUCAACAAUCAAAAGAUAUGUAUUUUAUAUUUUAAUCACUAAUGACUUGUGUAUCUUCAUAAACACAAUAUAUUAUUGCAUAUUCUCAUUAAAUUUGUAUUAAUAUUGUCAGGGGUAAGGGAGGGGAAUAGUUAUUAUAGCAUUUUUACUUGAACAUAAUAUAUAUAAAAGUUGUUAUAUUGAUGUAGAGCAAAAUUGUUUUUAUGGGCCUUUUUGUUUUGUUUUUUUUAUAAAUGUCUGCAUUAAAGAGUCUGGGAUUGUGAUUGGGUAUUACACGGAUUUUAUUUGCCAAGGAUUGACCAGUAUUUUAACCAGUUGAAUUGUUUUAAAUUAUGGACUAUUAAGUUUAAAGAUUAAUGUCGAAUUUUUAAACAAUUGUCUAGCUUAUCAGUCCAUAUAACAAAGGAAUGUCAAAAUGUAAAACAAAAAUGUCAAAUGUGCAUGUGUCUGUCUUCAUAAUUUAUCUUUGCUUAACAACGACGUUGUUUAAUAACAAGUUUGCCGUAAUGUAAAUGAACAUUUCGAUCGAUUUAUCCCAUAAUAAUAUUAUAAUGAAUGUUUCAGCAGUAAUUUACGAAAUUUUUGGUGCUAAAUGUAUGGUCAUUCUCUAUGUAUUUCAAAAUCAAUUAAUUUUGUGGCGGAAAUUUCACUGAUAUAAGCAAGCAAUAGAAAAUUGCCAUUCUCAGCUCCAUAAUUUGUAUGGCUGUAUUUAUAUAUUGAACAUGCAAUAAUAAUAUGCUAGUCAUUUGCUUAAAUUCACCAGAAUGUCUGUUCUGAUAACAGCAAAUUUCUACUCCCCCCAAAAAAGAAACAAUUACAAAUUUUGAGCCAAGAUUAUAUUCACAUCAUGAAGAACCAGAACAAUUUUAUUGAAUUUUAGAAUAUUCAAAAUGUAGUACAUGUAUAUUAUAUAUUAUAGAUAAUAAUAACCAUGUAUAUAUAAAUAUGUAUGAAAUGAUUCAUAACUUAUAAUAAACCAUUAUAUAAAACCAUUA